CUCGUCAACAGCUGCUCAGUCAAGCGGGUGAAGAAGUGCUCCGCCUCCCUCCCCCACACCCCAUCGACGGUGACGACCAGAGGGGUGAAGGUCAUGGACCAGGCCAGGGUAAAUUUCGUCGUUCUGACAUGCGAUCUGGACAGUGAUUCUUGAGAGUCGCAUGUAUGUAUGACAUACAGGGGUAACGACGAUGGCAGCGGCUUCCCACUCACUCAGAUGCUACAUCCUCCAAUACUCGUCCUGCCUGUCCAUAUCUCUGUCUGUCAGUGUGUCUGUGCGUGUGCUAUGCUACAAGCCCGUCUGUGUGCAAGACGCAAAGAGACAUAGCAAACGCCGCACAGCGGAAGAGAAACAGACAGACAGACAGACAGACGAGGAAACUGACUGACAGUGAGGAAUGCAUACAUUUGUGCGACAAAUCACUUUCCUGCUGAUGAGCAUGACUGUCUGCAUGAAAGUCCAGUCGUGCACACAUACACACACAUCAACGAACAGUAGAGCAGUGCUGUGUGUUUGGAUGUGUGGAUGUACACCACACACACACACACACUCACACACAUACACAUACACACAGAGCACUCGCCCGCUUCCCACACACCGACGCAUGACAGCCGCCGCGUACACUGAUCGCUCCCCAACAGCGCGUAACCACCAAAAUGACUUCCCGCACGGCUAGCUGCUCAACUGACUAGAACAACCCAGUGAAGACCUCUUCUCUGCCUCCACGGUCACCAGCAGCUCAGCAGGGCCACUAGCAGUGGUCGGGCAACCAUGCCUGCCUGCCUGCUGUCUGGCUGCGGGCUCUUGUGUUCCUGUGAUUUGCAUGCAUCACCCCAUUGUAAGUAUACACUUCAGACGCGAAUGUGCAUAUCACAUCCAGCCCUCACCCAGCGAAAGACCCCAAAACACACACCGCCAGCCCCAAUCCCCAUCCACCGCACCAGAUAUCGCGACCCCUUACGCGCACAAACACUGUGAAGUGAAGCAACGCGUCGAGCUCGCCGCCUUGUUGGAGUUUGACUCACUUUCGACUCACUGAGGCGGCGGGGCGCCUCUGCUGGCCGGCCGCCUCUGGCCCUUGAUCCGCGCUUCAACUUAUCGCAACCCCAGCCUCUCCUUGAAGCGACAGCACACAGCACACUUGAAGCAAUCCGGGCAGACGAGUUGGAUGAAGUAGACGAGGACGCCCCCGCCGACAGCGCAGAGCAGGAGGCCGCCAAACUUGAAAACAGACGCAGACUCCUCACGAAACACGAAGCGGAGUCCGCACAUGUACAGCAGCACGAAGAACAACAGGUACAUAAUGGCCCGACAUCGCCUGCACAGAGUGUCAAACUCGGCGUCAUAGGUCGCGUCGUCCUGAUCAAUCAACAUGCAGUCAAUGCUCCAGUCGGUUUGGGCAUACGCGUCGCAGAACCCGUCCUCGUUCUCCUGGGCCACCCCCUUCUCCUCCCUGAAACACAACAAAUCAGGGACACACCACCACACUGUCGCUGAUCCCAUCCCACGUGCCCACGUGUGCUGCGGACCUACCUCAGACGCUGCCACUCCGCAAUGAUCAUGGCGCUGCGCUGCUCUUCGGCGUGCAUCGUCACCCGACCUUCGGACCGCAGCUGACUAUCCUCGUCCUUGAAGUUGCCUUGGAGAUCCAUACUCGUGCGGACGCGGGACCUCAACCAAGUGGAGGG